AAAAACAAAAAGACAAAAACAUAUUGGGCUCAAAGAAGAAAACCACACUAUUACCCUCCGAUCUCCCUUAAGACUUAAGUAUUUUAUGUAGUUUGGCUUUAGUGUUUUUGUCCUGCAAUCUGCAAAGCAAAGAAGCAAAGCAUCUCCUCCCUCUUACACAUUGCCUUGCUUUACCUUGCAAGCAUCCCAACUUUUCUUUGCGUACAAUUAAGAAUUUGCCCUCCAUCUUUAACCCAAACCCUUUUAAUUUUGUUGCCAUGCCAUUAUUUUACUGUGCAAAUACAUUCUCAAAGUUUAGAAUCUCUGCUUGCUUCCACCCAUCAUUGUGGCUCCAUUACUUCAUCCCACUCUUCUUCAUUUCGAUCUUAAUUGUUAUUUUUCAGCAUCCCAAACUGCUUACAGUAGUUAUUUCAGUUAUAUAACGUUUAGCGUUUCUCCUGUUUCUGCACAUGAAUUUUCCAUAACAUACAUGCUUUGCCCUCUUUCUGGGAUGGUGUUCGUUUGAACUUUGUUAAACAAAACAAGAAAUUUCUUGUCUUGCCUCAAUUUUUUUGUUUCUUGAAUUCUUUCAUACCUGGCCUCCUCAGUGGAGAAUUUUUGGAGGAGAUUUUUAUAUUUUUUUAUAGCAUGAGUUUGUUCACAGGCUCACCAAAGAGUACAUGGCAGCCAGUGACGACUGGUGAUACAACCACCUCAAGUUACUGGCUAAGCUGGAGGGUGUUGCUCUGCUGCUUUUGGAUUUUAAUGUCAAUGGUUUUUGCCUCUAUUCUUAUAACAAAGUAUGAAGGUCCUCGUGGCGCAAAAAGUGGAAGCAGAGAUAGGCAGCAGCAGCAGCAAGAGUCCCCUGGCCCUGGGCCGGGAAUGUUGUAUGAAGAUGAAGUUUGGCGGCCAUGCCUCAAAAAUGUGCAUCCUGGAUGGCUGCUUGGAUACAGAAUUUUCGCUUUCCUUGUUCUUCUCUUAAUGCUAAUCCUAAAUGUUACAGUAGAUGGUGGGCUCAUUUUCUACUUCUAUACUCAGUGGACAUUCACAUUAAUUACCAUCUAUUUUGGGCUUGGAUCGCUGCUAUCCAUGUAUGGGUGUUACCAAUACCAUAAUAGAAUCAGCAGUGAAACUCAUAAUGAGAGGUUUGAUUCUGAAUAUGGAUCUGGGAGAUCAUCUACAUAUGCUGAACAUUCCACCACUUCAAAUGCUAUAAAACAUUCCACAGCACCUCAUGAACCAAAUAGAAAAGUUGCAGACUUCUGGGGCUAUGUUUUUCAAAUUAUUUUCCAGAUGAAUGCUGGAGCUGUAACGCUUACAGAUUGUGUGUUUUGGUUUGUUCUUGUACCAUAUCUGACCAUCAAAGGCUACAAUUUGAAUUUUUUGAUCAUAAACAUGCAUACAAUCAAUGUUGUUUUUCUGCUUGGUGACACUGCACUGAAUUGCCUGCGGUUCCCUUGGUUUCGAAUUGGAUAUUUCUUUCUAUGGACAGCUGUUUAUGUCAUUUUCCAGUGGGCUGUCCACGCCUGCAUUGCGAUUUGGUGGCCAUACCCAUUCCUUGAUUUAUCUUCUCCAUUUGCUCCUUUAUGGUAUUCAUCGGUGGCGCUGAUGCACAUACCAUGCUAUGGCAUUUUUGUUCUGGUAAUCAAGCUCAAACACCAUUUGCUAUCCAAAUGGUUUCCUCACUCUUAUCAGUGUGCAAGAUAAUGGUUGAAGAAGAAGAAGAAGAAGAAACAUACUCACUCAUUAAUGCUCAACAGCCACCGAGUUGCCAAAUAGAAUUCGCAGGGGACGGCUUUCAAUUCUCUUUGGAGGAAAGCAACAUCAUUAUUAUUUCGUGCUUUGUGAUCUUCACAGAGGAGAAGAAUAUGACUCUUCAAUUAUGGAAACAGAAAUGUAAAAGUGAUUUGUAGUGAUAAUAAUAUUUGAACCUCAUAAGAAAAGACAGUAAAGUUUUUGUUUGUAGGAAUUAUUAGGAUAUACAUACAACACAAGAAUCAAAGUCUGUAUUUACUAUUUACACUUGAGGAGCUGAGGGCAUUCUCAAAACAAAUACAUACAAUUAAUUUAAUACCCGGCCUAUUUUUCUGGGUUUUUUCUUU